UCCCGCGAGGCGCCCAGCGGAGGCCGGCCGGGCAGGACUGGAGAGCGCGGGGACCGUGCCUGGCCGGGCCACUUUCCGGCGCUGGGACGGCCUUUCUCCGGACCCCAGUUUCCCGCCCUGUAACGAGAGAACCAGGACACACCUCGGGCGGGUGGGCGCAGGAAAUCGUUUCGCUCGCAUCUCUGCGGCGCGUUGCCUCGGAGCCCUUCCCUUUCAUCGCUAUCCCUCCCACCGGGGCAGCCCCGGCCGCCCAGCUGCGGCGCAGCGGUGCCGUCGCAAGGGGGCGCAACGCCACCUUCCCGCUUUCCUUCCCCUCCCCCCCUCCCCCCCGCCUGGGGUCCGGCGUUUGUCCGGACUGAGCAAGGAAGGGGCGGAGAAGAAAGCCCGGCGUCCGGCCUCGCUCCUGCACCGCAGCCCCUCUGGCGCCUCCCCGACUUCUCCGGCGGCUGGCCGGAGCCGCGCCCCCUCCCCGGCCUUGCGUGCGGGAGACGAAGGGUUAAGGAGCCCGGUGGCUUUCCCCCCGCCGGCGAAGAUUGGGGAGGGGGCGUGUCCGUCCCCGGCCCCUCCCCCCGCUCCGUCCUCUCCCUCCCCUUCCCGAACGGCUCGGGGCUGCUGGCUGGUGCCGAGGAGAGCCGGCGGCCGCAGCUGGAGCCCGGGCCGGCGCGGUGAGUGCCCGCCGGGCCCGGCCCCCGCGUCGCGCUGCCGGGCUGGGAGCCUUGGGUAAAGGGGCAGCCUUUCCCAUUCGGUCCUCCCCAGCAUCCCGCGGGGCUCUGCCCUUGGAGAGCAGGACAGAAAGCCGCAGACAGACAGACUCAUGUCUCGUUCCCAGCCUCAGCCUUGGAGGCUGCAGACGAUGCUUUUCUGUUAGCCCCUGCGAGCUCCAGUCUUCUCCGUCCUUCCCUUAAAGGAGCACCACUUAUCCGAAGACUAGGAGAGGGGAAGGGCCGGGGGAGACUGACUGGGUCAUGGCCCAGGGCCAGCAGCCGCUUGGAGCGCCCCCCAAGUGAGCAGCCAGGAUGGCCACCAGUGGUGCCCGCACCUUUGUUUGGCAUGUGUUCCCGGCCAUGCCUACGUGUCGGGUGUAUUGUACACCCGCCUACCAGGAUGGGCACCUCUUUGUGCUGGGUGGGUGCAGCCGGGCAGGGCUGCCUCUGGGCACAGCCGAAUUACUCGAUGUAGCUUCCCACAAGUGGCUGUCACUGCCCCCGCUCCCCACUCCCCGAGCUGGUGCAGCUGCAGUAGCCCUAGGCAAGCAGGUCUUGGUGAUUGGGGGCAUGGAUGCCGGGCAGAGCCCCCUGGCUUCUGUGGAGGCUUACCACCUGGAUGAAGGCCGCUGGGAGCCGCGAGCUGCUCUGACACAGCCAGCCAUGGGCAUCUCGGCCUUGGAGAGGGAUGGUGUGGUGUACGCUCUAGGAGGGAUGGGUUCAGACACGGCCCCACAAGCGCUGGUGAGGAUGUAUGAACCUUCCAGGGACCGAUGGCUCUCCUUGCCCUCCAUGCCCACACCCUGCUAUGGGGCUUCCACUUUCCUUCAGGGGAAUAAGAUCUUUGUUCUGGGGGGCCGCCAGGGGAAGUUGCCUGUGACUGCCUUUGAAGUCUUUGAUGUUGAGAUGCAGACUUGGACUCGGUACCCGAGUGUGCCCAGCCGACGGGCCUUUGCCAGCUGUGCCAUGGCAGAGGGCAGCUUCUUUAGCCUGGGGGGCCUGCAGCAGCCUGGACCCCACAACUUCUAUUCUCGCCCACACUUUGUAAACACUGUGGAAAUGUUUAACUCUGAGCAGGGUGCCUGGACAAAGCUUCCUCGUUCUCUUCGAAUGAGAGAAAAAAGGGCAGACUUUGUGACUGGCUACCUUGGGGGCCGAGUCGUGGCGGUGGGAGGCCUUGGCAACCAGCCAUGUCCCCUGGGCUCUGUAGAAGGCUUCAGCCUGGCAAGAAGGAAAUGGGAGGCACUGCCCUCGAUGCCGACCGCUCGAUGUUCCUGUUCCAGUCUCCAGGCUGGGCAACAGCUUUUUGUCAUUGGUGGAGUGGCCCAGGGCCCCAGUGGAGCUGUGGAGGCUUUGUGCCUACGGGAUGGAGUCUGAAGACUGGCCCGAUCCACCUGAUCAGAUCUGCCCACCAAAGACUUAUGAAGGCGGUUUCUGCAGAAAUCGGGUGGGAAAGGGGGAAGAGCGUAUUGCCACCCUUGGCUCGGCGAUGCUAUUUUCCUGUCCAUGUUUAGAACAAACUUUGGCUUUCUGAAGUAGGGAGUAGCACGGAGAUGCAGAGCAGCCCCUCAGCAAGAGCUGAACCUUGGGGAUACACAAACAGCCAAAGGGGUGGCCCAGUGGUGAGUGCCCACUGCCAUCCUAAGAGUGUAGGGUGGGUAGGGAGGAGGUAAGGGAAAGUCCAACUGGUUCCCCAGACACUGAGCUCUUCUUGGUAUUAACACGUCUUGAGCUCCAGGGCUUGCGGGUUCCAAAUUUUCUAGGAGUAGGAGACCAAGAGUUUUCUCCCCAGAUCCUCACACCCCCUUUGCCCUUCCCCACUGUGGCCCCCAGACCCAGUUUAGUCAUGGCAGGGAGUUGCUGUGGCCCUCAGGAGCUGCGCCAUCCUGUGGGCCUAAGCUGAGCGAGGGUCAGGUAUAGCCCAGAGUACCCAACAGGAACUCCUCCCUAGUUCAGUGCCUAAAAGGAGGCAGCCUCCACACCUGCACCUCCUGCAUAAAGCUGGCCUUCACUGUCAACACACAACUGUAAACACACAAUACUCAGUGGGAACAGAGAGGGUGUGGUUUGGUGGAGGUGGUCUGAGGUCCAGGAGAGCUGAGUUUUAUCCUGGCCAAAGACCCUCCUCGAUGGUAUUGGGGGAAGGUGAAGAGAAGAGGGACUCGAGGGAAGUGCACUGAUUAAGAGGCAUUGGUUACCGUUCCCUGUUCCACCAGUAGUAGUUGGUAGACUUUGGGCAAGUCACGUCAGCUCGUCGUGCCUCGGCUUCCCCAUCUAUAAAAUGGGGAUCUGUAAUAACCUGCCCUACCUCACAGGGCUGUUGUGAGGCUCAAAGCUGUCAUCACAUGAAGUAAGAUGUACUGAAAUGCCUGGUGGUAGUGAUUUCUCUGCGAACUCUGCCAUAUUCUUUCCCCAGGGCUGGGGGGGAGGAGGGGCGUGGGGAAGUUCAACUUGAACCAGAAACCUCUUUCCUUUUUCUUGAGGAUUCAAGUCUUGUGUCCUCUGUGAGUAGCGCAGUAUGUCUCCCUGAUGUUCUGUUCUGAGCCAGGGACUCCUCAAGCAGGCUGGAGAGGGAAUGAGCAGGUCUCAGUAAGACAGCAGGUUGACCAGAGGCCGAGAUGUGCCUUCUCACACUGCUGUCGCCGGCCCAUGGGUCUCAUGAGGUUCUUUUACCAUGUCUUUUAUAAAGGCUGGAGUUUGAGAAGACCUGGAGCACCAACCUUUUAGAUGCUCAGUUUCCUCUUCUGUCAGAUGGGGAUAAGUACUUCCCUUUCUACCGUGUAAGUGUUUAUGAGGGCCCAUGAGGACAUGGGUGGAAAAGCUUUUUGGGAGGGUACAGCAGUCCUUCAUGUGUCGGACAGUUUGGAGGUCUAGAGAGACCUUAAGGAAGCUGUGGGUGCCGAGCAAGAGUAGUCCCUGCUUAGAAAACAGUGCUCUUCCUACCUUGUCCUGUUUAUGUGUGUCCACAGUCUAGUGUCUGAUCUGGAGCUCCGCCCUUUAUCCUGUCUUCUCCCAAAGCGCAGAGGUUGAAGGUCUAACCCACAAAGGCGGCCUGGUCCUCCCUGAGAAAGAUAUUUUUCCUGUCUUUCCCUCAAUCUCCAUUUUUCCUGAAUGUGGUUUGAAAAUUCUGCUCUUCCUGCAGCUGGGUCAUGGGGAGACAGGGGCAGAGUGAUGGGAAGCACCACCAUAGCACAGCUGGUGCUGGGUGUCCUUUGUUAGCUCGUUGCAGUGCCCACUGCCUCUUCCCUGAAUACCGCAUCUGUACCAUGGCACACUCCUUCAUUUAGGGGUGGGUGUCUGGGCCUAACCCUGCCUAAGUCAUGCUGCCUCCUGAGAAGGGCUCAUUCCCCCCAGCCCUCAGCUCCGCUUUUCCCUUAGGGCCCAGCUCCCCUUUCCAUGGGUCAGGUAUGGAUCUGACAUUUCUAAAGGAGUGUCCUACCAAAGCUGACUGGGCCACAGUGUGACUCUCAGGCACUGGGAUAGCAGCGGGGCUUGGGUGUGGGGAGCUUGUGCUGGGCCCACUGGGCUUUGGAUUUGGGAGAGACCUCGGAGAAUGAACAUUCAGGACUCUUUUGUAACAUCCCCCCGUCUCUCUUCUUGAAGAUCCUGAGUGAUGGGAAACCCAUUACACCUCCUGAGGCAGCCCAAGUCUGUUCUGGGAUAGCUCUAAUUGUUCUAAGUAUUUCCUGACACGGAGAUGAAGUCUGCCUCUGGAAGUGUCACCCAUGGAUUCUAGGGUAGAACAUGGUAGGCUUCAAAGUAUGUUUUCUGC